AUGGUAUACCAUUCGUUGACCGAGGCUCCUCAUAACCUCAAGGAGUGCAUUGACUGGCUCAUGGCCCUGAAGGGAACUGAUCCGGAAAACAACUUCAAGGCCAUGGGCGACGCGGUUUACAAAUUCCUCGCAGACAAACCCGUUGGGUUGACGGUGUUGCCAGCUCUCGAAAAUAUAAAACUUAUUUCUAAAGAAUUCAUGGAGAAACCGGAGCUUAAGGAUGAGUGGUGCGUCGACAGGGUGCUGGGGAAGUUCAAAGAGCCUAUGGAUAAGAACCCUAACGUUUUCUCCAAGUUCUUUGGCACUGUUGGCGAAAGCGACUAUGAAAAUGUCGUACAAACUCAAGGUGUCGACCCUGAAGCCAUGGCAGCGAAGGUAGCUCAAGUUGUGGAUAAUUGUGAGACUUUCUUGGGAGAUAUUAAAGACCCUGAUCACUAUGCACCUGCUUACAGCUCUUCAGCGACGUGGGAUAUAUCGUGCUCGAGCGACCCGGAAGCUUGCGCAGUGGUCCUGGUGGGGAUUUCGCCUAUGUUAUACACAGGCCUACUAUCUUUGAUGGAAGCGUCUAUAGUUGCGUGCUUCAAAUGGCCACCUUUUAGUGCGGAUAAACCUAUGGGAGAGGUGUUAAAAGCCGUUGGUUACGUAGAGCCAGAGUGCCGCGCUGACAUGAAAGCCUUACAUGUACUGAGGGCUUUUAAAGCUCUGGAUGAGGAAAUGUUUGCCGCACUAUACGACCUGGCUGGAUUCUGGGCAUUCUACUGA